GCGGAGGCGCAGUCCCGGACAGUUUGUGGGGCCAGGGCUGCGGUUCCCAGCACCCAUCAGCUCCGACGGCGAACCCGUCACGGGCGCGUGAUGGCUCCGCUCGGUCGCCAUCAUCACAACCUCAGCCCUCGAGAGCAAUGCACCCGGCUCCAGCCGGCUCGGAAAGCACAAGGUGCUUAGCAGUUGCGCGGGGCGGGGCCUCGGGCCGUCUGGGUCUGUCCGAGACAUCCGCUUCCGGGGCUGCGGCCAUCGCACUCCCUACCUCCGCAGGCCGAUCUAGCUGUAUCCGCGACCGGACCCUAUUCGCUACAGUCUCUGAGUCGCGACCAAACUCGCCUCGCUGCUCGCCUCCAGCACGCCGCUGUUUACCUCCUCAACUAGUCAUGCUGGAGCAUCUGAGCUCACUGCCCACGCAAAUGGAUUACAAGGGCCAGAAGCUAGCUGAACAGAUGUUUCAGGGAAUUAUUCUUUUUUCAGCAAUAGUUGGAUUUAUCUACGGGUACGUAGCUGAACAGUUCGGGUGGACUGUCUAUAUAGUUAUGGCCGGAUUUGCUUUUUCGUGUUUGCUGACACUUCCUCCAUGGCCCAUUUAUCGGCGGCACCCCCUCAAGUGGUUACCUGUUCAAGACUCAGGCACAGAAGACAAGAAACCAGGGGAAAGAAAACUUAAGAGGCAUGCUAAAAAUAAUUGAUUGGCGUUUUCAUGAUUCAGCUUUACUGUUGCACCUGCUUUUGUGUCGUGUGAGAUGAGCUCAAUUUUCACACCCAAAACACAAGCUAAAAACCACCUAUGCUCUUACGGUACAGCUGUGUAUAGAUUUCGUUUUCAGUUUGUCACUUCUAACUCAGUUGGGCUUUCAUUUAUAUGUAUUUUAGAUCUCUUCAUAAUCUUCUGAAAUGGAGAACAGAAAAUACAAGUAUGCAAAGUUUCUUUCAGGUUACAAAAAUAAUGAAUAUAUGCCUCAGAAAUGAUAGUACAAUUUAUCAAAGUUUUAGAAUUCAUUAUUAGUUAAACUGUUAUAAUAUUUCUAAUUAAAACUCAGUGCAAGUCUGUG